CUUUCUCCUUUGAAAAAUCAACAUUGAGCAUUGAAAUCGACACCGACACUGGUUUUGGCAUCUAGUUGUGCUGGAAAUUUGACACCAAGCCGGAUUGAUGCUCCAUGGGGAAAGGUUCCUGGCAUAGGACGAGAUCGCCUCAAUUGGUAAUGACGCGAUGGCCACGCCGUGCCCAGCGGCUGGCAAUGCAGGCGGCUUAGAAAUCAGAAAUCUAGCAAGUAAUCUCGAGGGGCAACACCAUGUAUUCCGGUCUGCCAAGGUUCUGAUAGGCAUUUCUGGCUGCUCAAGGAUUCAAAUAAGGAUACCGUAUAGCGCAGAUACCUCAUAGACAAGACAGUCCGUCGAACCAAGGCCAAAUCACCAAAGAGCUAUUUCCAAAACGGCACAACGCAACACAACGCAACACAACACAACACAUCACAGCACAACCCGAUAUCAUCAUUGCAAUCCAGAAACAGCCACACGGCCCAAAAUGGAACAGUACGAGUUCCACCCCGCAACAUCGGCGACCCGCGCCUGGACGCCCCUCGAGCCCGGCAUCGAUGAGAUGCUCCUCAACGCCGACCCCGCCACCGGCCGCCGCACUCUCCUCCAGCGCUGGCAACCUGGCGCCACUAACCGCCAGCCCUCCGCCUUCGUCCAUGACUACGUCGAAGAGAUCUACCUCGCCGACGGCGACCUCGCUGACGUGCGCCUCGGCCGCCGGUGGGAACGCGGCGCCUACGCGUACCGGAAGCCCGGCAUGGAGCACGGGCCCUUCCGGAGCGAGGCGGGCUGUAUGAUGUUCAUCUUGUGUAUUCCCGUGGACGAGGUCGGCAGGGAGGUGAAGGAUCAGUGAC